AGUUUACCACCAACUCCCAAAGAGUAAGCAUCGUUCUCCAUGGCCUUUCAUUGGAAUUUAUUUUUUGUUAAUGAUUUAGUUUUGUGAUAAUUUGUCGUGAAAUGUCUGCGGAUGGUGCUAAAAAUAGGACUAAUUGGUUGGCACAAUUUGGCCUCUAUCGUGAUGUUGUGCAGGAUGAGAAGGAAACGAAGAAAUCCUGGAAACCUACCCUUGGACUCUACUUAAUACUCGGAUGUUCUAUUCUUUUAAUCUUGGCGGUGUUUUUCAUCCUUCAAGAACUCUUCACAGAACAGCAUGAGUUUAUAGAGUUCCCAACACUCGAUCGUCCAACUAUUUUUCCAACUGAGAGCUCGCUGAAUGUAACGGAUGAUUGGACAAAUGCCACAGUUAAUCCCACCCUGGGGGAAAAUAUAACGGAAAUUGUGUCGGAAAAAUUAGUUCUUAGGCCUAGCAAAUUCCUCAGACCUCCUCCACCACCGAAAGAUCCUCAGAGGAGAUCAGCUCAGCCCCCACGUCCGUUUGAAUUUGAACUACAUGAACCAUAUCCGUCGUCCUUCCGCAAACCCAAUGCCACCGUAAGUCGCGUUAAUAACAUCCAGGACAUCCUGCAACAACUACGAGAGCCUGCAGAUGAGGGUUCGGGAAAAAUUCGACGUGUUCACAUCUCAGGAAAGUACCGAACUCCUGGGAAAAUGCUACAAUACCGUGCACCACGAAGGACAACAGUUAUGCCGUAUACAAGAACAACCGAAAGGAGCUUUGAAUUGACCACAAGUAGUCCACCAGCGGAUAUUUUUCACAACUACAAACCUCAAGCUCCGAGUGAUGUCAAUCUAAUGGCAACAAAGCAAUUCAGAUUUGCUCCAUACCUGUAUAAAACUGUCUCACCUUCCCGGGGAAAUCAUCGUCCUUUCUACCACUACGCCACGGAGAGUAGUGUGGACCUUUCGAGUCUCUAUCAUGAUCUCAUUGAUGCGGAGAAAAAUCGCGGAAAAGCCAGUGGGAGUAGGGACGAGAGUUCACAGAGUAUUCGCAAUAAACCUUUUAGUUUAAUGCUGGAUAUUUAUCCGGUUCACGGAGAGGAAGAAAAAGCUCAAACAACUAAGAAGCCCUACGUCAACCCCUUGGAUACUUCCUCCUACUACAGCACUAUAAAUUUCCCGCAGAUACCUCAGAAUCCCCAUCUUUCGCAUAGCUACUACAACAACAUGUAUUUCAAGGGACCAUAUGGGUCAACGAAGGAGUACAAUUGGGCUUAUCCUGAUACAACCCCUGCUGAGGAGACUGUUAAUAAACCCAGUCAAAUGGUUGUUCAUUUGAAUCUCUACCCGAAAAAUAAGAAACGUUUUGGACGAAUUAAUUCCGAAGCUGAUAAAAGGGCACUGUCCAAUGAACAAAACGUCUCAGACUCCUUCCAACCAAUUCAUCCAAAAGUUUACUUCAAUUCACGCCCCCUGGAUGAGCAGAUGGAAGAUGAGAAUGAACCUGACUUAGGGGUUGGGACAGCCGUGGAAAUACCAAAGACAAUUUCACCAUUUUCCAGCACAACCAUCUACUACCCCAACAAUUCCACAUCCUAUGUUGAGAUUGUUCGAUCUGUUGAGCUAACAACACCACCCCCUAUUGCUCCAUACUCCGGCAACCGAGCUAUUGUAGUUUUUCCAGAGUCAUCCUAUCCGGAGGAUCAUAUGCAAACCUUUCCCCCACGUGGAAAUCGACAACUAGAUAUUGCGACGGAUGAAUAUAAUACGGAAAGAUCAAAAGUUCACAAUUCGCAACAACCCGAUAACCCGAUGGUGGUGUCACCAAAUAAACAUCGUCGAAUGAAAGUAGAUCUUACGGGUAAAAUGGGAGAAUUCGAAGUUCCACCUGGGGAUCUAAUUAGAUUUGAUUCUAAUGAUGCUAUUCAGAUGCAUUAAAUAAAAAUUAGCGAAAUUCCUCAUCUACUCGAUACCUUGUUCUUCCACAUCCCGCAAUUGUUGUACAGUAUUACAAUAAGAAAUGACUAUUUUAUUAAAUAAAUGUUUUUAGCAAA